AUGGUCUGGAAUCCGGAAACAAGAGGUGAUGGAAUCAAAGACUCGCAACAGGCAUGGUUAAGGCUUAGCAAUGUGAUGGGAAAAGAGAACGACACGUUCGAGACUCUUCCGGGAUAUAGUAACAGUACCCGUGAUUGGGUGGGAAUGCGUACACUCAAAACGGAGGUCGAGCGCAUCUUGAUUGUCGAAGAGGUGUUGAGAGCAGAGAUUUUCCGGUCGGGAGAACGACGCUCGAUACUCCACAACAUAUGUCGUACCGUGAUCUUGUGGUUUUCGGAAACGGGAGUCGACGAAGCCAAAGAUUGGAUGGUUACCACAACAAUGAAUCGCAAAGCUCGACGAGGGCAAUAUAUCUCAAGCUUUAAGCGUGUGGGGGUGGGUACCAGUGCAACCACAAGAAUUGCCGAGCGCGCCCCCAAAUACCGGAUUCACUCACUUCACCGCUCUAAGCCCAACCAGCCCCAGAUCACCGAACUAUAUGAUAGCUCUCUCCUGUCGCGAGCCCGUUCUUUCCAUCAAAUUUCGACCUCCCCGGCAUCACCUCCUGCUAUCGCCCGUGUCUCCCUCUGCAACAAUGCGUUCGAGAUCAAUCUUCUCCGUGGUCAUGGUGACGGUACUUGCAGCAUUCGUACUGUUCUUGUCUACAUGAUAUCAUCACGCCUCUUGGUCUGUAUCCCCUCGUCUCGAAAUCCUCACCCAGUUGAUAACCCACAAUACGCUCCAGCACGCACAUGCUCCUUCGAACGUUACUGGAAACCAGGAGCAAACACACUUCUCUAG